UAAUAGCAGACGGCGGGGUGAACGAUUUUGUUGACUGACGGUGGUACUACACCUGUAUAUAUUGUCCGAGACAGCCCAUAGCGCCAGAGCGAGCAUUUCUUUUGCAGUCGUCAACGCUGCAGCACGCAAGUUGCGACAGGAGCGACUGCCGCAUUGAGUGAAUUCAAGUCCUGGAUAUCAACACAACACAAGUGACUGAAGAAAUCUGUUGAGGCAAUGUCCGGACCCUGGAUUCCCAUUGGCUGUGGCUGGCUGAUUCUGCUUCUGUCUCUCAAUGUUCAUGCUGUGCAGUCUUUGGGAGAGACGGAGCCACGAAUCGAAAUUGGCCGUGGAGUUUCUGUUCAGGCACCAGACUGCACCCAGGUCAAAAAUCUGAACCCUGGAGCCACCAGUGGCAUGUACAUGAUCAAACCCGCGGGAGUCAAAAAGCCUUUUAAGGUUUACUGUGAGAUGCGGCCUGACGGGGGCUGGACCGUGUUCCAGAGGCGAACGGGGGGAGCCGUGUCCUUCAAGAGGAACUGGAACGCGUACAAAGUUGGAUUCGGGGAUCUGCAGAGGGACCACUGGUUGGGGCUGCAGAAGCUGUGGGCCAUCACCAGGGUGCGGGGCAGCUGCUGGGUGCUGAGAGUGGAGCUGCAUGACUUUGAGGGAGGGUUGGCAUAUGCGGAGUACAAAGACUUCAAGCUGGGCGGCGAGAGACAGGCGUACAGGCUGACAGUGGGGGAGUACAGUGGCACGGCAGGCGACGCCAUCCGCGGGAUCGACCCCGUCCACGGCGCCUUGCCGGGAAUCGACCAGAACGGCUACGGCUUCAGCACCCUGGACCGGGACAACGACGGCUGCUCCCCGUGCGUCUUCGGCGACAUCGCCACGAACGACUGUAGCCGGUUGGAGGGGGAAGGGGGCUGGUGGUACAGCCGCUGCGGAUUGGCCAGUCUCCAUGGCGACUGGCACCCUGCACGCGACAACCAGGGCUGGGCGUCCGGCCUCCAUUGGCUCACCUGGAGGGGGCCCGCCCCCUACUCCGCCCGCGCCACACGCCUCAUGGUCAGGGCGCUAUAAGAGUGGAGCGGAAUGGUGACGGCACAGGUUUACCGCUACUGCGUACGUGCAGAAAACCUGCAACGCAAGCUUGGUGUCAGUCCGUCCAUUCUAUCAAAUUAAAAGUUCCUCUGAAUUGCCCCAAAUGUCAGCCUUUUUUUUUUUUUUUAUGAGCAUUAAAUUGUUUUUUUUUCUUUGAUUCUCUCUUAUUUCGCAUUUUCAGAAUCACCCGUCAUGAAAAGGCGACCAAUUCAUAAUUUGCACAAAAGUUAUUGGUCACUAAAUGUCUGACAUGAGUGAGGUUACGAAAAAAUAAACACUUUGCAUUCCAAGAAAA